AAUGCACCCCCUCCUCUCAUCAGUGAUCACUUCCCAUGGCUGAUUGACAAAGACUUCAUUCACCUCAAACUCCAUAGCCACAACCUUCUUCCUCUCUUCUGGCUAAGUUCAAUCAAACCCAUUCUUGAGUUGAAGAAUUUCGUGUUUGAUAACUAAAUGAAUCCUCCAUCGAUGUCCCCUGUUUCGAUUCAUCAUACCCUCUUUUUCUUGCUUUUUCUAAUUCCACGUCCUUCUCUAGCCCAAGCGAACAUAUCAGUUGGAUCUUCUCUAACCGCCACGAAUGGCAACUCUUCUUCAUGGCUCUCUCCUUCUGGAGACUUUGCAUUCGGCUUUUGCUCCUUAUCCGACGGCGACACCAAGAAAAACCAGCUCUUCUUGCUUGCCAUCUGGUACAACAAGAUACCUUCUAAAACAAUCGUCUGGUUCGCAAAUGAAGACCGUCCUGCCCCCGAAAAUUCGAAGCUAACACUUGCUUCUGAUUUGGGUCUCGUCCUCACCAAUCCACAGGGUGAAGAGCUGUGGAAACCUGACACCGUCUCCGGCACCGUCUCACACGCUGUGUUCAAUGAUACAGGCAAUUUCAUGAUCCUGGACUCCAGUUCAGAGGUUAAAUGGCAGAGCUUCGACAAUCCUUGCGACACGUUGCUUCCGUCGCAAGUGCUAGAAAAGAACAAACUUCUCUCCUCCCGUCGAUCGGAGGAGAGCUUUUCCAGGGGGAGAUUCCAACUUCGGAUGCUCGACAGUGGAGACCUCGUGCUUAACACGAUCAACCUGCCUUCCGACUAUGCCAACGAGGAUUAUUACAGCACCAGGACAGACGGCAGCUCUAAUGCGUCCACCGCGGGGAAAGAACUCGUGUUCAGCAACUCAGGUUCUCUGUUCGUCUCGAGAGCAAACGGCGAGAAUUUAUACCUCUCGCAGGGGGACAUACCUCCCGCGUCUGAUUCUUAUCACAGAGUCACCCUGAACUUUGAUGGGGUCCUUACUCAGUAUGUGCACCCCAAGAAUUCUGGUCCCAGCGGAAGCUGGGAACCGCUGUGGUCGCAACCUGAAGACAUAUGUACCAAUGUUUUUGUCCGUGAUGGAAUCGGCGUUUGUGGGUACAACAGCAUUUGCACUCUGGGUGAGAAUAAAAGGCCAAAUUGUGACUGCCCAGAAAAAUUCACCUUGCUCGAUCCCAGUGACAAGUAUGGCAGUUGCAGGCCUACUUUCACGCAGAGCUGUGCGGACGAUCAGGAAAGGAUGAAGCUUGGUCCGAUGGAGGACCUGUACGAGUUCGUAGAACUCAACAACACAGAUUGGCCAACCUCCGAUUAUGAUCUAUUGCGGCCUUUCGGUGAAGAUGAGUGCCGGAACGCAUGCUUGCAUGACUGCAUGUGCGCGGUGGCAGUUUGGAGGGAUGGCCAGAGUUGCUGGAAGAAGAAGCUUCCGCUUUCCAAUGGGAGAAUUGACCCUACCCUCAAUGGGAAGGCCAUGAUCAAAGUACCAAAGCAAGACAUAACGGUUGGAUCUUCUCUAACUGCCACAAAUGGCAACUCUUCAUGGCUUUCUCCAUCUGGAGACUUCGCUUUCGGCUUUCGAUCAUUGUCCAACGGUAACAACGCCAAGGAUGAGCGACUCUUCUUGCUUUCCAUUUGGUACAACAAGAUACCUUCGAAAACAGUCGUCUGGUUUGCGAAUGGAGAUCGUCCUGCGCCUGAAAAUUCGAAACUAGCGCUCACCUCCAACCUGGGGCUCGUCCUCACCGAUCCUCAAGGAGAGGAAUUGUGGAAAUCGGAGAACAUUCUCGGUGAUGUCUCCUGCGCCAUUUUCAAUGACACGGGCAAUUUUGCGAUUCUUGAUUUGAAAUUGGAGAAACUAUGGGAGAGCUUCAAGACCCCCGCGAUACAGAAAAUCUUCUCCAGAGGGAAAUUCCAGCUUCGGAUGCUCGGCAGCGGAGACCUCGUGCUCAACACAAUAAACCUGCCUUCCAAUUAUGCUAACGAUGCGUACUCCAUCACCAAAACUGCCGGCGAUUCGAAAGGAUUGGCCUCAUCGGGGAAAGAACUCGUGUUUAGCGAGUCAGGAUCUCUGUUUGUUUUGAAGGAAAAUGGCGGGAAGUUAACCUCUCACAGGAGAAGGAACUCAAGUACCGACGGAAGCUGGAGCAUCCUCUGGACCCAACCCGAAAACAUAUGCUCCAACGUCGUUUCUCAAGGCGGCAUUGGAGUUUGUGGGUACAAUAGCAUUUGCACUCUAGGAGAACAUAACAGGCCGAACUGUGGAUGCCCCGACCGAUACACCUUCGUCGAUCCCAGUGAUGAGCACGGUGGUUGUGUACCGAACUUCACUUUGAGUUCUUGUUCGGAAGAUGAGGAGAAGCAGAACCGUGGUUCGGCCGAGGACAUCUAUACUUUCGUGUUUCACAGGUUCCUUCGAAGUCAAGAACUCUUCGGUUUCAUCAAUGGUGAAAUAUCUUCACCUCCUCGAAUCCUAAACACUGAAACUGAAGAUUGUGAAACAGAAGUCAUAAAUCCAGAUUAUACAGAUUGGACAAGGACUGAUCAGUUAGUUUCAUCCUGGAUCAGUGGAGCUGUAUCUGAGAAUAUUCUGAGCUUGAUUAUUGGUUUAGAAACUUCUUAUGAGGUAUGGCAGACCCUUCUUAAUCGUUUUACUCAGAAAUCGGUAGCUCGAGAGUUUGAACUAAGAGGAAAGUUACAGGCAUGUCAAAAACGAGAUAGAGCGCUUUCUGUUUAUCUGAGGGAGUAUAAGUCCAUUUGUGAUCAGCUGAAUGCGAUUGGAAAACCUAUAGAUGAGAUAACUAAAAUGUUUGGUGUUCUUGAGGGUUUAGGGCCUGAGUAUGAGAAUUUCAGAACUACUAUCUACUGUUUGAAACCCCAGCCAGACUAUGAUGAAGUGAUAGCACGGCUUGAACGAUUUGAAACAAGAUUAAAGACAUAUUCGAUGAAUCAAUUUAACCCUAAUCGGCUUACUUGGGACAAAGAAGUUCUGAAACACAAGCGAAAGGAAAUUCCGAAAGAGAAUACAGUUUUCGGACUUCAAGUUUUGGAAGUCAAAGAGUUUUACAUGGAGCAGCCCCUGGUUUUGUUGAUCCUCAACAAUCUCAUUGUGUAUGUUUACUUAAGAAAUCCCUAUAUGGCCUUCGUCAAGCACCACGAGCAUGGUUUGACAAAUUUAGCAACUUUCUCCCUGGAGAAUGGUUUCUUCGUAGUACUGCUGACCCUCUCUUCGUGCUUCACUCUGAAUACAGAUUUUCCAUCGUCCAAUUAUGCGCAGUUGGGACCUUUCUCUGAGGAUGAAUGCAGGAACUCGUGCUUGCAUGACUGUAUGUGUGCGGUGGCUGUUCACGUAGACGGCAUGAUUUGCAAGAAGAAGAGCUUCCCGCUCUCCAAUGGGAGAUUCGACCCCAAUUUUAACUGGAAGGCCAUGAUCAAAGUCCCGAAAAGCGACCUCCCUCUAACUCCCACGAACGAUUCCAAAUUCCCAUGCCCAGAGUCGAAGGCGAAAGAAAAAAAUCCCAGGACUUGGAUUUUGGCAGGAUCAUCGCUCUUGGGAACUUCUGUUUUUGUCAACAUCCUCUUCAUUGGUGCGAGCACUCUGGGUUUUUGCGUCAUCUACCGCAAGAAGCCUGUGAAAAUAAACCCUAGAGAAAAUCUAGUGGAGACGAAUUUGCGGUGUUUCACUUACCAGGAGCUCUUCAAAGCCACGGAUGGCUUCAAGGAAGAGCUAGGGAGGGGAGCCUUCGGGAUUGUUUAUAAAGGGUUUAUUCCUAGUGAUGUAGCAGUAGCUGUGAAGAAGCUGACUAACGUAUUUCAGGACAAGGAGAAGGAAUUCAGAACCGAAGUGAAUGUGAUCGGUCAGACGCAUCACAAGAAUCUGGUCAGGCUACUCGGCUUCUGCGAUGAAGGGCAAGAGAGGUUGCUGGUUUACGAGUUCUUGAGCAACGGCACGCUGUGGAGCCUUCUCUUUACUGGUGAAUCCAGACCCAGUUGGAACCAAAGAUGCCAAAUCGCUUCAGCAAUUGCCAGAGGACUGCUCUACUUGCAUGAAGAGUGCACGAUGCAGAUCAUCCACUGCGACAUCAAGCCACAGAAUAUCCUCCUCGACGAGUACUACAACGCGAGGAUCUCCGAUUUCGGAUUGGCCAAGCUCCUGAAGAUGGACCAGAGCUAUACUCUCACAAACAUCAGAGGAACAAGAGGGUAUGUCGCUCCUGAAUGGUUCAGGAGCUUGCCGAUCACCGCGAAAGUAGAUGUUUAUAGCUAUGGCGUGUUGCUGCUGGAGAUAAUAAGUUGUAGGAGUUGUUUGGGGGGUGAAAUGGGGGAGAAAGAGAGAGAGCUCUUGACUGAUUGGGCUUACGAUUGCUUUGUGGAUGGAAAAUUGGAUGCUCUCGUGGAAGGCGACAUCGAAGCUUUGAGUGAGAGGGAGAAGCUGAAGAAUUUGGCGAUGGUUGCGUUUUGGUGCAUACAAGAGGACCCGUCAUUGAGGCCAACUAUGAAGAAGGUGACUCAGAUGCUGGACGGAACAGUGGAAGUGCCGGUCCCUCCAUGUCCAUUCGCUUUUAGUAGCUGCACCACCAUCAUUCCUAAAUGAGAGCUGAGCUUCAAGCUAUGUAGUAUGAACUUUAAUCUACUUAUGCUAUGAUGGGCAUACCAUACUCCACCGCUUGUUUUGCAGCGCGAAGUGUUUGUCUUCUUUGCAGUGUAUUGAAUCUAAAACGUG